UUGUCCUGUUUGAUUCCCUUUGGCUCUGCAGCUGUGCUUAUUCAUCCCGUGAUGCUAUGAAUAGAUAAUACUUCAGCUCUUGUUAUUUCAGAGCUAAUUGGAGAGAAAUAUCAAAACCCACUUUUCUUUCCUUCUUUUCUUCCUGUUUUUCUCUUUUAAGUAUUUGCUCAAUGAGUAGAGCUUCUUUUAACUUUGCUUUUUCUUUCUACAACUCCAUCUCCCAAAUCCCCACCCACCCACUCUAGGCUCUCUCUCUCUCUCUUUAUAACUUUAGACAUUCUUCACUCCAAGUUUGUUUUAGCCUUAUCAGCCAAGUAAAAUAGGUAGUUCAUCUGCUUUUAACAGAACCUUAUAUAUAUCCUCAACCAUAGUCGGAAGAGAUAUAUCCCUUCUUGUACACAAAAAAUGGCAACUUCUUUUCCUCACAUUUGUCUUUUUUUCCUUCUGCUCCUUCCUAUGUCAUUGGCUUCUGCAACUUCUCCAAACCAAGACCAACCCACCAUAUCUUCAACAAUCAACUAUCCAAUCCUUCAAGCAGAGAAGCUCAUUAGAGACCUCAACUUGUUCCCCAAGGAAUCCGUUAACAUUGCAACAGAAGACCCUUCAUUUUCUUCUUCGGGAAUCGUCGAAAAAAGCUUUCAGUUCCCUUUCCUUGGAAGAAAAAGUCAAGACCCAUCAGUUCAAGAACUUGGCCACCAUGCUGGGUAUUAUCCCCUUCCUCAUACUAAAUCAGCAAGGAUGUUCUACUUGUUCUUUGAAUCAAGAAACAGCAAGAAGGACCCAGUUGUGAUAUGGUUAACAGGAGGGCCAGGGUGUAGCAGUGAGCUUGCUAUGUUCUAUGAAAACGGUCCAUUCCAAAUUGCAAACAACUUGUCUCUUGUUUGGAAUGACUAUGGCUGGGAUAAGGCAUCAAAUCUUAUCUAUGUCGACCAGCCCACCGGAACAGGUUUCAGUUACACUUCUGAUGACGAAGACAUUCGUCACGAUGAAGAAGGCGUUAGCAAUGACUUGUAUGACUUCUUGCAGGCAUUUUUUGCUGAGCAUAAAGAAUUUGCUGCAAACGACUUUUACAUCACUGGCGAAUCAUAUGCUGGGCACUACAUUCCUGCAUUUGCAGCCAGAGUUCACGAAGGAAAUAAAGGAAAACAGGGAAUCCACAUAAAUCUUAAGGGUUUUGCGAUCGGCAACGGCCUUACAAAUCCCGAAAUUCAGUAUAAAGCAUACACUGAUUAUGCCUUGGAGAUGGGACUGAUUGGAAAAUCUGACUUCAACAAGAUCAACAAGUUGGUCCCAGCCUGUGAGAAAGCAAUCAAAAUUUGUGGUACUGAUGGUGGAAGUGCUUGUGUAUCGUCUUACAUCGUAUGCAACAACAUAUUCAAUAGAAUCAUGAGUAUCGUUGGAGACAAAAAUUACUAUGAUGUCAGAAAGGAAUGCAUUGGAAAUCUUUGUUAUGACUUCUCGAACAUGGAGAAAUUCCUCAACCAAAAAUCAGUAAGGAAUGCGCUCGGGGUCGGGGAUUUGGACUUCAUGUCGUGCAGUAGUAAGGUUUACAGUGCCAUGCUUGUGGAUUGGAUGAGAAAUCUUGAGGUUGGGAUUCCAGCUCUCAUUGAUGAUGGAAUAAAGGUGCUGGUGUAUGCUGGUGAAUAUGAUCUGAUAUGCAAUUGGCUUGGGAAUUCAAGGUGGGUUCAUGAAAUGAAUUGGUCUGGUCAGAAAGAAUUUGCAGCAUCCAAAAUUGUUCCAUUCCUAGUAGAUGGCAAAGAAGCUGGGCUUCUCAAAAGCCAUGGUCCUCUCUCUUUCCUAAAGGUUCAUAAUGCUGGUCAUAUGGUGCCAAUGGAUCAGCCAAAGGCUGCACUUCAAAUGCUGCAGGGCUGGAUGCAGGGAAAACUUGCCUUAGAUGAGACAGAUGAAAGAGUUUCUCCAAAAUGAUUGCCUCACCUAAAUUUCUUCCUCAUCUCCUUUGUUUUUAAAGCUGCUUCUCACACUGAUCAUCUACACACUGUCCUAUUGUGAAUUGUGUUACAUGUUAUUGUAUUGGUUUGAUGUAUGUAAAGUUUUAUUUUCUGUUGUUGCUAAGGAUGAUAUGGGAAAGUGUUAAUAAAACUAUACAUGAUUCAUGAACACCUCACUUUUUUCUGAGA